AUUCGGCAGCGCUGGUGUGACAGAAUCAGCCACCUCACGAGUUCUCACUUCAUUCCAGCCCCAGUAGUCGAGAUCGUUAGUUUAUCAGAUCGUUCCCUGUUACUAAACUAAAAACCGAAAAUGUCUUUAGACGAGAGAUUCCAAAAAGCUGCUGACGAUAUCAAGAACCUAAAAAGUAAGCCAACUGACAAUGAUCUAUUAGAAAUUUACGGAUUGUUCAAACAAGCUACCGAAGGAGACAUUACCACAGCCCGACCUGGACUAUUGGACCUUAAAGGAAAAGCCAAAUGGGACUCGUGGAACUCCAGGAAAGGAGUCGACAAAGACAAAGCCAAGGAAGAAUACAUCGCAAAAGUACAGUCGUUGAUCGAUAGCAUAGGACUCGCAUAAGGCAUUUAUAUCAUCACUUUUUUUUAAGGCAAAACUAUUUUGUUAUUAUUAUACUGUAUGGUUCUAAUAAAAAGAAUUUUCUUGU